AUGGCAGACAUAUCCUGGAAUCCUCCUACCAUCAAUCCAUCUCCAUCUUUCCUCACCAUUCUCUCAAAGCCACAUGCUCCCAUAUCUUACACCUUCUUCCCAUCUUCUCUGGCCUACGCAGAAUCAAAUAUCAAACCACAUCACAACCUCAUUGUCUUCAGCCUUCCAUCAAUCUUAACUUUCGAUCGUUAUGGCCAGGGGUUGACGACGGCAAGAGAUCCGUUAGAUGAUGGGAAUGGGUACGGACAUGGUUUCAUGGAUGCUGCAAAUGAUCUUCAUGAAAUCAUUCUCGAGGUCGCUAGAAUGAAGCUCGGGCUUCAUCAAAACGAGGCCGAAAAUGGGAGAUUGAGUGUAACAUUCGUGGCUGCAUCGAUAGGAGUCCCCAUAACCCGCCUCUACAUACAAUCCCACCCCUCCAUCGCCUCCGGCCUCUUUUCCCUCGACUCCAAUAUCCCCAACGUAAAUUACAGCGAUUUCCUCCCCGACCCCUCAUCCCCGGCCUUCAACCCCUCUCUUGUAACCGCCCCCGACUGUACACUCGCGCAGUACAUCGAGGCACGCACAAAAUUAGUAAAUCUAUUUGACCUAUCCGUCCCAAACUCCGAAUCAAUGGAUCGACGAACUGGUCCAAAAUUACUACCAUGUGCUGAUCGACCCAAACUUAUUGGUGUGGAUGGAAAGGGACCGUGGCUUACAGUUGUGGGUCAUGAUCCGGUUACUUUUGCGAAUUUUAGUUUAGAGAGGAUGGGAACUCCGAGAAGUAUGAGCAUGAGGUUUACGAAUCCAUACUGGGCGAAAUAUAAUGCGGGGUUGGUGAGUAUAACAGAUGAAGAACGAUGUGAGGGUGUGAAGAUUGCCAAGGGCUGUGGUCAUUUUAUCCAAAUGGAUGAUCCGAAGUUUGUCGUCGAAGAGAUCAAAACUAUCCUUGGUAAUUUGAAUUUGGAGUGA